AUGUCCGCAACCCACUGGGGUUCCCCUACCGCUUCUAAACGUGCUCUGCUCAUCCAUGGUUUGACUAUGUGCUCGCAAACAUGGGAGAGCAUCGCUCAACUAUUAGUAGCAGAAGGAUUCUUCGUCGUCGCGCCCAAUCUUCUCGGACAUGCAUGGAGAAGAGGCACUGAUUAUCGCGUGUCCACCCUCGCAGAGGACCUCCGUCCAUAUUUCGCUAUGGACAUGUCUUACGACGUGAUUAUAGGUCAUUCUCUUGGGGGCGUAGUGACCUUGUCGCUGUUGCCGUUCUUGCCCAAGACGAAAGAAACCACUGUCCUACUUGUCGAUCCACCCCUCGAGCGCGCGGGGGGGACAUUCAAAGAUGAUAAGAACUGGUAUCUGAAGAAGGUUGUAGAUCCCAAAAGUGCUGAUGAGCACAUGGUCGAGAAUCCCGCCUGGUCUCGACGUGACAGUACAUUAAGGGCGCUGGGAGCCUACAUGUGCGAUCGCACUGUCAUCGAGGGGAUCUUUGAGCAUAACACGCCUUGGUCUUUCAGCGGCCUGUUCAAAGACAUCCCACCUCACCUGAAGAUCACUGUGUUGGCAUCGGAUCCGGAGCGAGGUGGUCUUUGUCACUCGGAGCACGUCCCUCCUGAAGUAAAAAUUAAAGUUUUUACUGGAAUUGGUCACUGGAUCCAAUUCGAGUGCACAGAUGCUAUCAUGGCUGAAGUUCCGUUACCUAGAUCAAAGCUUUGA